AGAGCCGUAGCAUAUUCAUGAUCGAUUGAUUAAGCUUCCUUAUUUCCUUUUUGGUUUGGCAAAGAAAUUUAUAGUGUCAAACAGUAUCAAACAGUGUCUCAAUAGUGCCAAACAGUGUCAAACAGUGUCUCAACAAUGUACUCUACAGUAAGUUUCGCCGCAAGCUCAAGUCGUCCUUCAACUCUGGCCUUCACCAUCGGCAUUGCAUAAUUCCUCCAUUUACGCAAUCCGACAAAGAGUAGAUUUCCGCUCGUUGCAACCUAGCUAGUUACUUCGUCUUUACUCCAUGGGUAAUGCCUCAUUCGUUUGAGGCCCUCCGUUUGCAAUUAGAAGGCCAGACACUUGUCUCGCGCGUACCAGAGGCUCUUGCUCGUGACUCACUAACUCCUCCUAGCCGACGAAAGUCACGCGACCACCGCAUGUUAGAUUAGAUCUCGGGAUGAUCAAAUUGGAGCGGCUUGACCGCUUAGUCUCAUUGCUCAACAAUAAUAGAGAACACGAUUCUCAAUAAUGAUGUUUUGAUGCUUAAUGAAGAUGUUUGAUCACAUGGUGAGAUCGGUAUAUCAUGCAUGUGGUAUUGUGCACGAUCACAAGCACCUUUUGUGGUACAAAGGAAUGUGGUGCCUUGAAAGCAAGAUUUCCAAUCUUAGAACAAAUGGCUCCUUAUCCAUUUGUGGUACAAAGGAAUGUGGUGAUUGCUUGUUUUGAGGUUCACAAAUUUAUUAGAAAAUCUAACAUUGAUGAUGAAUUCUUCGAUGAAUGGGAUAAUGACAAUAUAAUCAACAAUCAAGCACAAGAGGAAGUGGAAGACAUUGGAGAAGAAGUACAUGGACCACAAUGGGGCACACAAAGUCUACAAUAUAUGACGAAUUUGUGGGAUGAAAUUGCUAAUUGACUAGUAUGGAAUGUUUAAAUUUAAAAUGUUGCUCUCGUAAAACUCUUAACUUUGUUUUAUCAUGCAAUAUGACUCUUAUU